CACAAUUGACAACACGACAUUUGUUUAUGCCUUCGAAAUAGUAGAACCAAACCCCGCGCGCGCCCUGCUGUUGGAAAGAUUUGUGAUACUUGGAUGGAGAGGGUUGGAAAACCCACCUAGAAGUCAACUUCAGACAGUAGUCGCUAACGCGAUGCCCAGGUGCACAAACAGGGCACGUCACACCGCUUUUUGUCAACCUGCAUUGGCUACCGCUGUCCGCUCAACUUAAACACAAGGCCCUGUCCCUCGCUACAGCUACAGCAGUGUUGUGGCGAUGCACCCUGCCCUGGUCUGUGGCUGCAGUGUGACUCUUGUGUGAUCCUGACCGUCUGUGGCAUUGGGCUAUGCAGCCACCUUUGCCCCCGGGUGCCGUGCGGGAGCUGGUGCGCUCGUGUCUGCACCGCGACCCCGUGGCUGCCGACCUGCGCCUCAGCUUCUUCCUCUCCGCCCUGCAAAACUACAAGAGGGACUCCAUGCUCCGACCCUUCCCUCCUUUCUACCUGACCUCUGCCAACAAAGACUUUGAGGCGCUGCUGAAGGAUGCCAGUUCUCUGCCGGGUGUGCGGGAGCUGGCGGGGCUGAGGGCAGGAGACGGGGAGGCCCAUCUGGCGCUGGCCCACUGGGUCCUCUCCUCCAAAAGUUUUGCCAUCAAGACAUUGGAGAAAGAGGAGUUUUCCCGACUGUGUGAGCUGACUGAGAGCACGGGGGCGGCGUGGGCCCCGCCCCCUGACUUCCUGUUCGAGGUGGAGUACUCGGAGCAGAUGGACUGCCGCUUCCAGAAGACGCGCGAGGGCCGCGGCCUCAUCCACGCCUUCCACGGCAGCCGCCUGGAGAACUUCCACUCCAUCCUACACAACGGCCUACACUGCCACCUCAACAAGACAUCCCUGUUUGGCGAGGGCACCUACUUGACCAGUGACCUGAGCAUGGCGAUGCUGUAUGGUCCCCAUGGCAACGGCUGGCGGGAUAGCCUCAUGGGGCCCCUGCUGAGCUGCAUCGCCCUGUGUGAGGUCAUCGACCACCCCGACGUCAAGUGCCAAGUCAGGAAGAAAGACUCUGAGGGGCUGGACCGGCAGCGAGCACGGGCAAAACACAGCGAGGGCGGCAACGUGCCGGACAAAUACUUCGUCGUCACCAACAAUCAGCUGGUCAGAGUCAAGUACCUGCUGGUCUACUCGCAGAAGAGGCACAGGCCCAGGCACUCUGCGGUCCCCUCAUGGCUGGUGCGGCAUCACUUCUUCAUCAUGAUGAGUCUCUACCUGAUGCUCCUCAUCCUCAUCGGCGCCUUCAACUCCUCCGCGUUCCAGUCCUUCUGGCAUAGACUCUUCAGAUGACUCACACACACACACACACACACACACACACACACACACACACACACACACACACACACACACACACACACACACACACACACACACACACACACACACACACACACACACACACGGAAAUGGGCAUGCACAAACACCCACACAUGCACAGUUAUAACAAUGUAACACACACACUGUACGCGCGCACACACACACUCUCUCUGUCUCUCUCUCUCUCACACACACACACAGUUACAAUGUAAUGUAACGGGUACACACUAGUACACUCAUGUGCUGUUCUGCACAUUAUGUGAACCCUUGUGUAGUAGUAGCAGUUCUAUUCUGUCAGUGUGCUUUAAUCUUAUAAGUAACUAGCAGAGGUGAAAAAUCAAGACUGCCUCCGUCAAAGUGCGGAGUACUGCUCUGCCAACGUUCCACUCCACUGUGUUUGAUACAACCCCGUUCACCGGCACUGAUGUCCCCAGAUGUGUGCGGAUGUCGGCUCCCGAUUAUGACAGAGUUCUAUUUUUCUCUGAGCCGCCCCUUGUUUAUCCACGCUCUGGUGGUGUGAUGAAAUUGACCAUUCAUUGUUUUUAUAGCACAUCUGCGCCAGUGUGUGGGGCCAGUGUGCAAUGAUUACUGCUCUCUAGUCAGCUUCAGCACAUUGUGCCACAUUUUAUGACCAAUAAUGGGGGAAAAAUGUAUUUCAAAAGGGUUGACAAACUUUUGAGCUGCACGCUGUGUUUGCCAGACACUACACAGUCAAAUGCACAUGCACACACGCACACACACGCGCACACACGCAC